GCUAAUAUAGAGUGGUAUAGGUUAAGACAAAAGCCAUAUAUAAGUGGAGAACCCAAUAUAUCUUUGUCUUUGUUGUUUUUUCCUUCUCGUUCAUAGUUAACUUGCAGAUUUCUUAGUAUUUCUAAUCUUUUUCUUAUAUUAACCUUUUGUCUCCUUCUCUCUCUCUCUCUCUCUGAACUAUACAAAAACCUACUUUUAAUUUCUCUUCCAAGAAGUCAAGAACCCAGAAGAAGACAUGACAAGUGAAGUUCUUCAAACAAUCUCAAGUGGAUCAGGUUUUGCUCAGCCACAGAGCUCAUCAACCCUGGAUCAUGAUGAAUCUCUCAUCAAUCCUCCUCUUGUUAAGAAAAAGAGAAAUCUCCCUGGAAAUCCUGGUAAUUAUUUAUAUUAAAUCUCAGCUAGCUUGAUCAUCACCUAAAAAGAAAACCCUAGUAUCUUUUCUAUUUUUUUGCCCCCUAUAAAUUAAUUUUCUUGGGUUGUUUUGUUCUGGAUCUUGACCUAAAUCAAAAGUAGUAUUUGGCUGCAUGAGUUAUAGAUCACUGGCUCAUGCUUAAUUAAUGUGAAAAUACUAGGCCUUUUAGUAAAUUAAAACUUUUAUUUGAUCUAUAGAGUUCUUCUUUUUUAAAUCGCAUUAUAGUUUCCAUGAGAAAAUAUAUUUACAUACCCUUUAUUAUUAUUACCUCCACCAAGAAAAGCACACACAUUAUUUUUACUAAAGUACAUGAUCCGAUCCAAAAAUAGAUGUUGUUUUCCGAAUUGACCUAAUUAAAGAAACCACAAAUGUUAAUGAUGAUCCACUUAGAUCCGGAAGCUGAAGUGAUAGCUUUAUCCCCCACGACCUUGAUGGCUACGAACCGGUUCCUAUGUGAGGUAUGUGGCAAAGGUUUCCAAAGAGACCAAAACUUACAGCUUCAUCGGCGAGGACAUAAUCUUCCAUGGAAGUUGAAGCAGAGGACAAGCAAAGAAGUGAGAAAACGUGUCUACGUUUGCCCCGAGAAGACAUGUGUCCACCAUCACUCCUCUAGAGCUCUAGGCGAUCUCACUGGAAUCAAAAAGCAUUUUUGCCGGAAACACGGGGAGAAGAAGUGGACGUGCGAGAAAUGUGCUAAGAGAUACGCAGUCCAAUCUGAUUGGAAAGCUCAUUCCAAGACUUGUGGUACUAGAGAGUACCGUUGCGAUUGUGGCACCAUUUUCUCAAGGCGAGACAGCUUUAUCACUCAUAGAGCUUUCUGCGAUGCCUUAGCGGAAGAAACCGCUAAGAUAAACGCAGUGUCUCAUCUCAACGGUUUAGCCGCGGCUGGAGCCCCAGGAUCAGUUAAUCUCAACUAUCAAUAUCUCAUGGGAACAUUCAUCCCACCGCUUCAACCAUUUGUACCACAACCGCAAACAAAUCCAAACCAUCAUCAUCAACAUUUUCAGCCACCAACUUCUUCGUCGCUCUCUCUAUGGAUGGGACAAGAUAUCGCGCCGCCUCAACCGCAACCGGACUACGAUUGGGUUUUUGGAAACGCUAAGGCAGCGUCUGCUUGCAUUGAUAAUAAUAAUACUCACGAUGAGCAGAUUACGCAAAACGCAAACGCAAGUUUGACCACUACCACUACUCUCUCUGCCCCUUCUUUAUUCAGCAGCGACCAACCACAAAACGCAAACGCAAAUUCAAACGUGAAUAUGUCCGCGACAGCUUUACUACAGAAAGCUGCUGAAAUUGGCGCUACUUCUACAACAACCGCAGCGACCAAUGACCCAUCAACGUUUCUUCAAAGUUUCCCGCUUAAAUCCACCGAUCAAACCACCAGUUAUGACAGUGGCGAAAAGUUUUUUGCUUUGUUCGGGUCUAACAACAACAUUGGGUUAAUGAGUCGUAGUCAUGAUCAUCAAGAGAUCGAGAACGCUAGAAAUGACGUUACGGUUGCGUCUGCCUUGGAUGAAUUACAGAAUUACCCUUGGAAACGUAGAAGAGUUGAUGGUGGAGGUGAAGUGGGUGGAGGAGGGCAAACUCGGGAUUUCCUCGGGGUUGGUGUACAAACGUUGUGCCAUCCAUCGUCUAUCAAUGGAUGGAUUUGAAAGAGUUUAAAAAUUUCGGGGUUAAUGCAUAAAUUACGUAAAAGAAGAAGGAAUCUUUUGUCAUUUCCACCAUUUUCUAAGAUAACAUAUGUAUAUGGUAAUGGAAGUUGUUUUCUUUUAUUAAUUCAAUAUUCUAAAACUUAUGAUAUAUGUAUAAUGAAUGUGUUUAUCUUCAAGAUAUAUGUCAAUGACAUUCACAAGACAUUCAUAAUCUUUUGAAUUUUUAUCAUACGGGA